GCAGUAGAGAAGAAAAAACAUAUAUUAUAUAACUUCAUGAAAAAAGAAAAAAUCAAAAUAAUGCCAAUAAAUUCAUGCGUCGAAUUAAGUUCCAACUAAGAAGAAAACUUAAAAAAAGACUAUUAGCCGACAAAUUACUAUUAAAUGAUAUAUGAAAAUCAGUAAAAAUAAUAACAAAACAACAAAAGACAAAAAAGAAAUAUAAUUACGACAACAACAAAUGGAAUACAUAUGCAUAUGCAAAUGCAAAUAAACACACAAAUCCCAAAAAUGUGUUUAUAAACAAAUAUUAAUGGUUUUUAGCUGUGAUAUAACGUCUAGCGAUAAUUUGAAACGAUGGACUUGGCGACCGUACCACCGGAACUUGAGGAGCUCCUCAUCUGCAGCUGUUGCCAUUUGCCCUUCAACGAUAACGACGGUCUACCCAAAUUGUUUACGUGUCGCCACUAUUUCUGCCUCAAAUGUGUCAAUUCGUUGGUGCGCGAGGAUAGCAAUGAAAUAUUUUGUGUACACUGCUGGAAGCGUACCGUACUAGAAGGCCCCGAGCCGCGCACCGACAGUCUACCCACCUACAAUGCGAUUUUAUAUCUUACCCAAAAUCUGACAACGCUUAGUUUUAAGCUGAAGAGUGGCGGCGGCGGCGGUGGCGGUGGUGGCGUCGAACGUGAUCGGCAGCAGCGUUCGUCGUCGAUUGCUUCGAAUGGUUCGGCGAGUGCGCUUAGCGGGAGUGGCUUAUUGAAUAGUAAUAGCGGCAACAACAAUGUCAAUCAUGGCAGCAAUGGCAAUCUGACCAAUAUUGGUGUCGGCCAUAACAACAACAAUCACAACAAUAGUUUGGAUAAAUUAAAAAUGGCCGAAAAUUGCAUGACUCAUGCCAUGCCGAAUACAUUGUGGUGUAGUGUUUGUAAUAUAUUGCUUUGUCGCGCCUGUGCAGCCACUGAGGAGCAUCGUACGCACGUGGUGAAGAAUAAGAUGGAGGCUAAAGAAUCGUUACACGCUGACAUAUCAAAAGAACUGCUCGGCAUGCAGAAGACAUUGAACGAUGUGCAACAUUUGGUCUUGAAACAACGUGAUUUCCUUCUGAAAAUAUUGGAAAGCUGCACCACGCUUAAAACGCAAAUCGAGACGGAGUUGCUUAAUCACAUGCCCACGCUCGAGAUCACCGAGAUACGUGAAAACUUGUGCAAAGCUCGACUAUGUCUCGACAUACUCGACAAGCAGACGCCGGCCGAGGCCGUGAAACUCUACACUACGUUGCAUGCAGAGAAGCAGCGGCUGAUGACCAAGUACCAGGAAAUGUUCCUACAAUGCAAGUUGGAUGAUAUGAUACGCAAUUGUGGUUAUGUCUUCGAUUUUGAACUUAUCAAACAGGCACUUGUGCAAAUGCAUAACUGUGUACUAAAUGGCGGAAAUCUCGAUAACUUUGGCGUGGGCUCAGUGAUUGGUGGGCUAAAUGGCAUCACUGCUGCUGGCUCCCAUCAGAAUCCCAUCUUGCUUUUAGCCAACUACUGUAUUUCCCAAUUGUACUCACGGCAAAUGUUGUUGUUGAAACAACAACAGCAGCAGCAGCAGCAGCAACAACAACAACAACAACAACAGCAACAGCAUGCACAACAUCAACAACAACACCAGCAGCAGCAGCAGCAGCACCAACAGCAAUUGCUCUCUAACGGCCUGCUCACAUCAAUGAUUUCACACGUAAGUCUCUCCACAAGUCUCAACGGCAACAUACCCACCACAAAUGCCAAUUUUGCACACGCAACAUACGCACAGGCAUUGCAACAGAAUCAACCGUCGAGCAAUAACGUUGCUCAGCAGCAGCAACAGCAGCAGCAGCAACAACAACAACAGCAAACAAAUAAUUCCUCUUCGCCUAUACACAAGACUUACGCUGACAUCAUUGCACUCUCCAAUAAAUCCACGACAAACAUAACAACAGCUCAGCAGCAACAUCAACUACUGCAGCAACAACAAUCGACUAACGUUAGUUUCUCGGAAAUCGCUCCGAUUGGCACACCAGCCACCACGACCAACACAUCAGCAGUAGUUGGCGCACAACGCAGCACCACUUCACAUUUCUUCUCCGGCAACGAUCUCAACGGUUUAGGACUAAGCCUAUUACACUUGCACCAACAGCACCAGCAGCAGCAGCAGCAGCAGCAUAGUCAAAGUGCUGGUAAUUCGCAGCAACAUCAAACAAAGUCAACUUUGCUCCUUAAUCCCAGCGUACAUGUUUACCCCAUCUAUUACUUUAACAUCGAAAUCAACGGACAACAUUCGGGACGCGUUCUCAUAGAAGUGCGUAGUGAUGUGGCACCGAAGAUGGCUAAGAAUUUCAAUGCACUGACCACACGAGACGUACUUGGCUAUAAGGGUUGCCAUAUAUUUCAAUGUUGGGAAAACGAAAGUAUUAUUACAGGUGAUUAUGAAUCGAAUAAUGGGCGUGGCGGCCGUGCCGUAUUCGAUGAUGGCUUCUUUAUGCCAGACGAUACCAAAAUACUAGCCAUACGCGGUUCGGUUGGCAUGCGACGCAGUCAAAAGCGUCAUGAUAAUUUAGGGCACGUCGGUUCACAGUUCCGUAUCAUAUUAAGAGAGAUGCGCGGCUUUACGGGCAUAUUUGCAUUUGUAGUUGAGGGUUUGGAAUUGGUGGAGAAAAUUUCGCAAACCGGUGAUGCAACUGGUAAGCCGCAGAGUAGUGUUGUUAUCGCAAGCUGUGGCAAAUAUCAGUUGGGUUAGGUGUGUGAAAGUUCAAGGUGGAGUAGAAGGAAAUUAAAAGAAAAGACGACUUGAAAAAUAAAGACAAAAAAGAGAGAAACUCGAACUCUCUCAGAAAAAGAAAAUAAAAAUAAAAAUUGGAAAUGACAAAAAUUUUUUUGAAUAAAUUGGAUACUCGCUAACGGUAAAGUAUUGCUUAAAACAAUGGAAAAAGAUAAAGAAUCGGCAUUGCUUUGAUAAAAGUUGUAUUCACUUACUUUUUACUCGAAGCUCGUUACAAGCUAUAGGAAAUAUAAUAUUAAAAGUAUAAGAUUAUUUUAGUUAUUUUACGAAAAGCAUAUUAAAAAAUAAAACUGUUUUGCUGGAUUCUAUCAAAGGAAAGGAAAAAUCAGGAAACAAAUUUAAUUAAAUUUAAAAAUGUACUUAACGUUCUCGAAAUGUACAAAGGCCUAAACAAAUUUUUUUUGAGAUUUGGGAAUAGGAGUUCCACGCAAUUUUGAGAAAACAUGAUUUUAUUAUUAUUAAGAGCUCAGUACUUUAAAAACGGUAAAAUUUCAUAUAAAAAUAAUGACAGCUGCGAGAAAUCGACGAUUUCAUCAUGAAUAGAGGGAGUGAUAGUGAUGUAGAGCAGCUGGUUUGAUUAUGUUAUGCUCAGUUGAAUCGCUUGAUAUAGCUUUGGAAUAUUUUCGAAAUCAUAUUAGAAGGUAUGAACUUGGAAAGGUCUAUUGUUAUUGUAAUUGGAGCUUAGUAUCAGCAGAAGUGUUUUCCGGUUGAGCUCCUUCUUCGAUUCGUGGUUUGCGUUUGAUGUUUUCCCAAAACAUUGAGGGUCUUAUAGUUUAUUAUGGGGAGCCUUCAUUUCAUGUCAAAUACACACUUGAAGGGUUUAACAUUCCGUAUCGAGGAGCAAGCGCAAUUCAAUAGAAAAAUUGAUUUACUAUAAUUUUGUAUGUUUGGUCCCGUCAGACCAUGACUCGAACCCAUCUUGCAUACAGUUCGCUAGUAUGGUGGCUUAGUCUAUUCUGUAGUCAUGUAUUUAUAAACUAAGUUACCUUAGAUGGCAACCCUAAGCUGCUAUUUUGGCAGAUAACACCUAACACCUAAGGAGGUCAACGUGUACCAAAUUUCACUGAUAUCGCUAGAGUCGUUUUCGAUACAAAAUGCAUGUAGUUUUUCACAUCAUCACAAUAAUUUUUUCCGGGAAUCAAAAAUAGCCAAAAAUUUGCAAAAAAAACUAUUUUGCAAAAA